AUGAUUCGCUCCGGGAUUUGGGUCCUUCGGGACUUUGCACUCUGCCUUGGACAGUUGGACUCAAUACCUAACUAUCAAGACACGAGAUGGUUGCUUCCAGUUAUUCUGCCUGGUCCUCGGAAUUUGAUACUUAACCUGACUUGGACUUGGAAAACCAAAACGUUAGGUGUUCAAUGUACCCUGCCUCUGAUGAGAGUAAACAGUUAUCUUUGGGAAGAGUGGAAAGAGAGGCAUAAGGAGACAUCUGAAGAUCUAUCUUCAAAAUUCUUGAAUCUGCGGUUUGUCUCACUUGAGCUUCCACAGCAGGAGAAUUCAUUUGAUUGCGGCUUGUUCUUACUCCACUAUCUGGAGCUCUUUUUAGCUGAAGCUCCUCCUAACUUCAAUCCAUUCAAAAUAACAGAGUUCUCUAACUUUCUUAAUUUGGGUUGGUUUCCACCUAUUGAGGCAUCUCUAAAGCGCACUCUCAUCCAGAAGUUAGUUUUUGAACUCCUAGAAACUCGUUCUCGGGAAAUCAACUCAUCUGAUUGCAGUGAUGAACAUCAUUCGUCUAAAUUUCCUGAAAAGAUUGAAAAUGAAACCGGUGUGGAGUUUAUCACAGAGAAUUUCAGACCAGAAGUAGCUUGUCAUGGGAAUUUAGAUUCCCAAGCUGGCCAAGGGAUUGAAAUAACUCUGUUAGCAUCAUCUUCUUUGAGAAAUAUGGAAAGUGUUAAUGAUUCUGGCUUGGUUCUUAAGGAGUUAUUUGAGCCAGGAGUUACAACAGGAUCUUUGCUUGGACAAUUUCAAUCUUUUGACCAGCAGUCGUCAUAUUACAAUCUGAAUGGGGCUAUAUCACCAAGAGAGCAAGAAGAUGUGCAAACUGGUCAACAGUUUGUUUAUAUAGCUUCUGGAGAAAACAGUUUUCCACAGUUUGCUGGAAUCAGACCUCAAGCCUGUGAAGUUCCAUAUUCAUCGAGAGGUUUUGUCAUGGGCAGUUCAUGGAAUCCUGGAAUUACCAUGCGAGGAGAUCAUGAAGUUGACACAUCGCUUGAAACAUCUUGUGCCUCUGAUGAUGAUGAUGAUGAUGAUGUUGGGAUCAUUGAAAACAACACCAUUGAGGAUAUUGUAUAUCCAAGUGAAAAACAGGAAACAGAUCAGCAACGAUCUCAGUUAGCGGAAAAUGUUGAGCAUCUGAAGAUAGGAUUCACUCCUGCCUCCCGUGAGGUGCUGGAGACUUCUACCAGUGAAGUUUCUGAAGCUUCUGAAGACACUGAUAAGAUUUACCAUAGCGCUGAGGAUGCAGACCUUCCCUCCAAAGAUAAUCUGCCUGUAUCGAUGCAUCAAAAUCCUGGUGUGGCAGUUAACCAGUUGGAUCAGGAUUCUGAACUGGUUGAAAAGAAUGCUGAAAUGGUUGAACCAAAGGAGGCUGGAGGUGAUGAU